ACAGACUAGUGUUCCAGGCAGUGAGCACGCAGCAUCUAUCUGCUAUCUACCUGUUUUUGCAAACUUAAUUGGCGGCUGGUUUUUGAACCAUACUGUGCUUUGUUCAAAAGAGACAGAGAUGGCUGGCUGCUGCAGCUGCUUUGUGCAGUUCUCACUGUGGGAACAAAUGGUAAAGGCGUAUAAAUGUAUGAGUGAGAUAUUAUCGGUGACUCAUACUUACAAGGAUCCUGCAGACGGUAUCAGGAAACAAAGCAUAAUGGAUAUCAGUCGUCUCGAGGAGCAGUAUUACUGCACACAGCAAAAGCAAAAGUUACAGACGCACAUCAUUGUUUUCAAAGCAGGUGAAAAUGAAUUCAUUUCAGGAGAACCAUUUGUGAACACAGUUCCAGUCAACAAGAAAGUCAAGAAAAUAAAGGCAUUUAAAGAGCAGACCCCUGUAAAAGAGGUCACUCUGGAAUUGCUGGAUAAGAGCUACCUAAAGGAGAGGAAUGGCACAUGGCACGCACACCUGAACAUCCACCGCAUGGUGCAGUUGGAUUGUCAGCGCGCUCUUAAAAAAGGGACAGGAGAACAGGAGAAGGUAAUUGACAAAAGUUUAUUGUUUGACCGGCUGCUCAGUUCUGGAAGCCAGCCAACUAAAGAGCCGGAACACAGUACAGGAGACAUGGGACCAAGCGAAGGGACUGAGGGUAACAACUCUGUCAGCAGUACAUACAGGAAAUCUUCUCUGAAGCAAUCAGCUCCUGCAUUAUGGAGCCAUUACCAGUUUCCCUCCUCCAAGCCCACUUCCCCCACAGAGAAAGUGUUUUACUAUCCAUUCCCUCAAAAGAAAAAUCCACGGAUAUCAGAAACAGCCAGAAAACUAGGUUUAUAUGUAACACAUUAACAUUAUUAUCGGGAAAUCCUUUCAAACGAAAUGUGACCUUCAUGUGACCUUGUUUCAUAUGAGCUUGCACCUUACUUUUCCACUGUGAAUAAUUCACCUUGGACUGAACAAUGAUAUCUUUGUUGAAGAGAAAUAAAAACACUGGCCCUCAUUCCGAGUUGUUCGCUCGGUAUUUUUCAUCGCAUCGCAGUGAAAAUCCGCUUAGUACGCAUGCGCAAUGUUCGCACUGCGACUGCGCCAAGUAACUUUACUAUGAUGAAAGUAUUUUUACUCACGGCUUUUUCUUCGCUCCAGCGAUCGUAAUGUGAUUGACAGGAAAUGGGUGUUACUGGGCGGAAACACGGCGUUUCAGGGGCGUGUGGCUGAAAACGCUACCGUUUCCGGAAAAAACGCAGGAGUGGCCGGAGAAACGGUGGGAGUGCCUGGGCGAACGCUGGGUGUG